AUGAGCAAAGGGAACGAUCUAUCGCCAACAUCAAGCAAUGUGGACGUGAAGGAAGGUGUGGAUGCAUCCAAGCUCACCCCACAAGAAGCAAAGCUCCUGAAGAUGUAUGGGAGGCUCCCCUCCAAAAAAGAUCUGUUCAAGCACAAGCUGCAAGAGAGAAAGUACUUUGACAGUGGUGACUACGCCCUGAAUAAGGCUGGUGUUAAAUCAGAUGACUUGCAAUCUGAUUCGAUAGGGAACAAUCACCUGCCUGUGACAAACCCUAGCGGGCUAAGAGAAAGCAUCAUAAAAAGAAGGCUAAGCAGUAGCGCGGGAAGUGUGGAUGCACAUGACCUACGCAGGCAAGGCAGCAUAUCUAGUGGGCCUCCGCCAAGGUCGCCCAAUAAAUGA